AUGUCUGAUUGGUUUCAACCAUCACAAAGUUCCUUUAAUCUCAAUAGAAGACCAAAUAGCAAAGAUGAAAAAGACUAUCAGACUUUUUUUUGUAAUGAAAUCCUAGCACAAUUGCCAGAAAACCAUUACAUUAAAGUUCUUGACACUCAUGAUUGUUUUUACUUGGAUGGGUUGGCACCAAAUAUCUCAGCUUUGCACAGUGACUAUGGAUUAGAUAUUCAUGUAAUCAAUUCAGUUGGUGAUAUUAAACCAAGGAAAACACCAACAUUUGCAUUCCAAGAUGCACAUAAAGGACAAGUCUUGAACUAUGGUAUCAAAAUAUUACAGCAUCAAAGGGAACGAUAUGAAGUGACAAAUUUUCUGACAGACUUUUAUGAGAUUUUAUUUAUUCGUGUUGUCAAAGAAGAGCAGAAAAAUGGAUUGCAAUUCACAGUCCAUUUUUCUAGUCUUUUCCAAUUUGAUGGUGAAGGAAGUAAAUAUCUACGAGCUUUAUUAUUUGAGAUGCCAUACCAUCCUGAAAUUGGGUUGAAUGUUCGCACAAGUUCAUUAAUAGCACAGACAAAAACUUCUAAGAUUUUUGCAGUGAAAAAAAGAAAUGAUUUGGUUCUUAAAAUUGUACAUCAAAAGAUUUUACUGGAAAGGGAAAAAAAAGCACUUGAAAAAUUAAAAGGAAUUAUUGGGAUUAUUCAACUUUUGGGGCAGUCAAAAUGUGCAUUAUUGUUAUCUCCAAGGGCAGAAUGUUCAUUCAACAAUUCAGGGCUACCAGUAUUUAAUAGCAGUAAUGAUAUUAUUUUAGCAGAUUUUGGCUCAAGUGCUUCAAUAGGAGACAUAGAUUUUUAUGGAGGUGCACCAUUGUUUUUAGUUUCUGAACGUGUGCUAAACAGUUAUGGAAAAAUCAUAGAUGCUCAUCCAAAGGAUGACCUUCAUGCAUUAAUUCGGUCUCUUUAUUUACUUGUAAAUCAGUCAAAUUUAAACGAAACUUUUUUAAACAUUGAUGACACAAAUUCAGUUCGUGAAUAUUGGGAAAUAUAUUUAAAAGUGAGCCAUGGAAGACCGUGCAUAGACAUUGCAAUGAAUUAG